AUGGCUAGAAAGAAGAUUCAAAGAACAAACUCAAGUACAGCUUCGAGGUUUAGAGAAUUAGAAGGGAAAGUUAACCCAGCAGUCAAUUAUGAAGUAGAUGUUGAAGAAGUACCAACUCCAGUGGAAGGUGAACCAGCUUAUGAUCAAGAUAAUCCCGAUCAUCAACCUUUCCCAUUUAACUAUAUAUAUAAAAUCCAAGAUUUCCUCAAUGAUGAGUUAACUUAUGCUAAGACUAUCCAGAUUCUUUGUUUGGCAUACUUAGCUCAAGUAUUUUACAAUUCUAUGGACCAACCAUGGGAAUUCUGGGAAAAAGUUGUCAUGAAUUAUACUGGUGUAGCUAUAGGUAUGAUUAUCAGUUACAGAUUAAGUUACCAAAAGUUCCAACAAGGAAUUAUUGAACAACCACAAUUACCAGAAUUCAAUCUUUUGUAUCCAGUGAUGUUAUCCAACAUCUUAGCAGUUAAAUAUGAUUUCUAUGUGAUUGAAAAUUUGGCAUUAAAUUAUUUCACUAUGAUAAAUAUCCCCGUUGUAGCCAGAGGUUUUAGUGCCGUGGUAUUCUUUGCAUUAUACGGGAGUUUAGAAAGAUUUUCCUUAUUUGUAUCGAUGCUUCUUGUUUAUACCGUGGUAUUUUAUUUAAUCGAUUAUAUUAAUAAAGGUGAAGAUGUUCACGUGAUCUCCAAGGAAGUUAUGGAUCAAGAUGUUGAUUUGGAUUUGGUGGAUAUUGAAGAUGAUGUGGUGAAAUCAGGAUUGAAUGCCAGUUUAUCAUUGGCUGAGAUCCAUUUGAUCUUGGUUAUUCUUGUUAAUAUGUUCUACCAUUUAGAUUCCCAACAACCAGAAAUGGUAAUAAUGCAAAAAUUACUCAUUGGUUUAGUAGCAGCAUUUAUGGUUAGUUGGCCACCUUUCUUAUUCAACCAAUAUGCUGGUGCCGGAGUGUUUACUUUAGCUUUCUAUUAUUUGGUCAAUCGUCAAUUAGAACCAAUUUUAGGUGUCAAUAGUGUUCAAUACUUGGUGGGAGAGAUUCAACAAAAUAUGGAAUUGUUCUGUAUUUGGACAGGUAUUUUAAUAUUUAACGUUAUCAUAGUGUUUAAUGUCAAUAUGGAAUUCAAUCUCCGUAGAAAAAUCUGGCACUUUAUGAUCUUGGUUACUGUAAUGCCUAGUUUAGUGGUAGCUCAAAAAUUCACUAAAUUGGCAUUAUUAGGACUCAUGAUAGUUUUCAUCAUUAUUGAAGCCAUUAGAGUUAAUAAGAUCCUGUUCUUAGGUCAAUUCAUCUAUGAUAAAUUAUACAGAUUUCAGGAUUUUAAGGAUUUGAAAGGUCCUUUAAAUGUUUCAUAUAUUUAUUUAUUGUUCGGGAUUAUAAGUCCGGUAGUAUUAAAUGAUUUUAUUGAUGAUAGUAAUAAGAAGUUCAUUGGAUUGAUCUUUUUAGGAUUAGGAGAUUCUGUAGCAUCAAUAGUUGGAAAAGCUUUUGGUAAAACCAAAUUCAAAGGUACCAACAAAACAGUUGAAGGAUCAAUAGCAUUCAUUAUCACCAGUUUCAUCAGUUAUAUGGCUAUUGAUCAUUAUUUUGGAUACAAAACCAAUCAUGAAAUCUUAUUCAUUGUUUGUUUGAUUGGAGGAUUAUUCGAAGGAUGUUUAAGUAUGAAUGAUAAUUUGAUUCUUAGUUUAAUCAUUUUCAUUCUUUGGGAUGUUUUAGAGUAUUUCAAUUAG